AUGGAGAGUCUAUUCUACAUAAGGGAGGUAUUCAAUUUCAUACCAAACAAGGAUAAUCUUUGGCUUUUCCAUCUGUUCGAACAUGACUCGAGUUACAGCAUAUAUAGUAAUCUUCGGCGAAGACAUAUCAUUAAUGAGACUGAAUGUCCUCGGUGUUGUCAGGGAGAUGAAACAGAACACCAUAUCUUCUUUGAAUGUCCAUAUGCAAAACAACUGUGGAGAGCUUCUGGAAUCUCGAAUGAUAUCAUCAACAGCUCUACUACAACUCUUACGGCUAAACUAGAAGAGUGUUUUAAAAUAUCUACAGCUUCUUCUCUAACUCAUUUUCAGGAUUUACCAAUAUGGAUCCUCUGGCGUAUAUGGAAAAGUAGAAACAUGCUUCUUUUUCAACAGAAGCAAUUUUCAUGGAGUAAGGUUUUACAACAAAGUCGAAGUGAUGCACGUGAAUGGGAAGAACAUGGAAAAUAUAUGGAGUUACUUUCAAGCACAAGAAGGCAUCGGACAGGAACCUUACAAACAAAAGAAUGGCAAAGACCAGAGACAGGGUGGUACAAAUGCAAUAUAGAUGGAUCAUUUAUCAGUUCUGAUUUACCAGCACAAGCAGGAUGGAUUGUACGUGAUUCGCGAGGAACUUUCAAAGGAGCUGGGCAGAGCAGAGGACAUAAGGUUACUAAUGCGUUUGAGAGUGAAUUUCAAGCUCUUAUUAUGGCAAUGCAACACUGCUGGUCCAAAGGUUACACAAAGGUUAUUUUUGAAGGAGAUUGCAAGAAGAUUAUUGAUAUUCUACAGAGCAAAACAUUACAUUUUGAAGGAUACAAUUGGACUCGAGAAGCUCAUAGAUAGAAAUUAAAAUUUGAAGACAUCCAAUUUCGAUGGGUAUCAAGAUCAGGAAAUACAGUAGCAGAUAAACUUGCUAAACGAUCCUUGCCGGGGUUUUAAGCUUUUGCUAUUAUGAUUAUGUUCCAUCUUUUGUAACAGACAAUUUAUAUUCUGACUUUGUAAAAUCUUACCAUAAUUAAUAAA